CAGUCUGUGCAGAAGGGCUCAUUUGAAGGGAACAGCCGCAGCCUGUGCAGAUACAGAAAUGCUUAUGCACUGACAUCAGCUAAGAUAAAGCGCAGCCCCUCUUGAUUUGAGGACACUUCUCCUGCCGGCAAGGUGAUACCCGGCGACGCUGUUUUCAUCCAUCCACGGGCUAUUUUUACGCACAGAAAGCGACUCUAUUACUGUUUCUUUUGGCUUUUUUUCGGGGACUGUGAGGAGUGGAGCUGAAGUUUGAGCGACUCCGGCUUGAUACUGUUAUUUAUACAGAGAGUCAAAGCCCUCGGUGUUUAUUAUCUCUGUCCGUGGUGUUAUCUCGUACGCAGGAGGAGAAGGGGUGGCAUUUCUCCUGUUGUUGAAUUGUUGUCGUUCUCCAGAAGGAUGGUGUUGGACAAGGAGGAGAGUGUGUCUCUUGUAUCCCUCCAGUCCAGAGAGAAGUCGAGGGGCUGUGCUGGCUGCAAUGGCAAGAUCCGGGACCGCUUCAUGCUGCAGGCACUGGACAGGUACUGGCACGAAGACUGCCUGAAGUGUGCCUGCUGUGACUGCCACCUGGGCCGGAUGGGCUCCACCCUCUACACCCGAGCCAACCUCAUCCUCUGCCGCAGGGACUACCUGAGGCUCUUCGGGGUGACAGGGAACUGUGCAGCCUGCAGUAAGAUGAUCCCUGCCUUUGAGAUGGUGAUGAGAGCCAGAGACAACGUCUACCAUUUAGACUGCUUCGCCUGUCAGCUCUGCCGCCAGAGAUUUUGCGUGGGAGACAAGUUUUUCCUCAAGAACAACAUGAUCUUGUGCCAGCUGGACUAUGAAGGAGGCCAUCUUAAUGGCAACACUGAGAGGCAGCCUCAAUAAGAGAUCAGACCAGACCAGGAUGACUGUGAGCCAGUUGGACUGUGAAACUCACAGCAGCUUCCUAUUUCAGACUGAACCAUGUGUGGAAAUAACACUGAUGGGACACAUUUCCAGCAGCCCAUGUUUGAACUCUCUCUUAUAGAGCUGCACGGUAACUCCCCUGAACACUGUUGUUUCUGAUCAGACAGACCAGAGGUCAACCAAGAUGGAACAAUGAGGAGGACAUUUUCCAGAGCACUUAAUGUGGACUGUGAUGGUUCUGCCCCCCCUGCCCUAUUUUUUGUCUACAGUCAACGAAAAUAGAGCAAACUAGCCUUUGCAAAUAAUUUGUAGAGUCAGUUUCACCAAAACUGAAAUACUAGACAGAUGGAGAGAAGCCAGUUAGGCCACACAUAGCAUCAACCAAGUCAUCCAUCAGUGAAAAAUACUAAGUUCGCGGUGAUUGUCAAAUUGCUCUGGCAGCCACUGAGCUGUCUUUUUGUGGCGAACCCCACCCAUCUGGCAUGAAGAAAGCCCCAAAACAAACUGAAACACAUCUGCAGAUACUGUUUGGUUCAACUCAACAACCGAGGAGGAUCAACUGUUUAUCUCUUUGCCUCUUGACUCUGAAGGCUUGAGCGUGACUUCAAACCCGCUGUCGCUUUGUUUCCACUCUGAUCUCCAGCUGUUUUUUCUCAACUAAUUAAACUGAAUUUUAAUUUCAGUUUGUGUGCUCAUUAUUUAUUCAUUGACAUGACUGUAAUUAGCAGGAGAGGAGCAUGACAUCAGAUGGAGGAAAUCAUUCAAAAAUUCUCUGCUUUCAAUAAAAAAUUUGUCUGA